GCUAUUUCCAUCGGUUGUGAAAUUCAAAUUACCAUCGUGCUUUCGGUGUUAAUUAAAAUUUAAUUUCCUUCCCUUUAAACAAUCGAAUUGCGCCGUACUUCAAACAUCUGGCUCCAAUUUUACUCCAACUUGUGGAAAGCAUUUAUAAUUUGGUCUGUAAAUGGAAUUUAAUCAGCAUGUGGAUAGCGCCCUGUGCACAUUCGUAGACAAUACGAAGUUCUUCAAGGAAAUGGCCGAUGUUAUGUCUAAAAUCCGUGAUGACGAGGAAAUGCAAAAACUAUUAGAGGAAAGCGCCCAGAUACGCUUGGAGCACGGCGAAAAACUUAUCCAACUAAAAAGCAAAAAUCAGAAAUUGAAACAGGCGAUGCAUCAGGCCAAAAACGAGAGCGCUACCAUUGAGGAGUUCGAGGGAAAUUGGAACCAGCGCCGGAAGGCAGUGGAGAAGAUCCGAAUCAAUGCGAAGAAAACGGUCGACUUCAAGAACUUUGAGAAGAGCUUAACUGCCCAAGUUUCUGGAAAAAAUUGCGGAACCGUUGGCUUAGACCAAGAUGACGACAUCACGGAGGGAAUCGAGGAGACCGGCGGCGAGAUCUUCUCACUCUUCGAUCCUUGGUCCAAGGCAUUAAUGAAGAACCCUGUUCGCAACAAGAACUGCGGUCACAUCUACGACCGCGAUUCAGUGAUGUUGAUCAUCAAGGAUAAUAUCGGCGUUCGUUGUCCGGUUCUCGGCUGUGCAAACAAAACCUACAUUCAGCCAUCGCACUUGGUUGAAGAUACCAUCGUCCGACAGAAGGUACAACAGAAACUGGCCGAGGAUGCUGAGUCGUAUGAUGAUAGCUCCUCAGAAUGACACUAUAUCGUAAAUCUAUUGAAAUAUAAACAUUAUUGAAAUUA